AUGGGUGGCCAGUCUCUUCCAGAGAAGCUUCAACAGCUUCAACAGCUUCAGGGGAAACAAUGCAGAGCUUCUGAAUGCGAUACCUUGAACAAUGCCGGAUCCUGCUCCUUGUCAUCUAUCAGUCAACAAGUUACGAGCGAUCAACAACAGACCUCACAUGCGUCGGAGGACCCUAAACCCUCUCCUCGCCCCGGAGAUUCCUGGCACAACCGAUCGAAACCUCGUCGCGCAGUUCACAACCCCGACCAACCCCCCAGCGACGCCACAGGGGACCGCGAAGACGCCCCUAAUACCUCCGCACAGACGGCGCGGUUGGACGAGAACAAGCCCCGUCGACGCUUUUUGCCACAGCCGAUUGAAACAACAACAAAAUCAAGCAAUGCGGGAAAUUCUUCAAAAUUACAAACAUCGGAGCAGAAAUGUUCAGCUGGCCCAAGACGGUUCAAGCCAGACCUGAUUGAAACAGACCGUCGUUCAGUUAAAGGAGAGUCAGAAGAGCUUCCCCAUGCGUCGAAAUCACCAGGGUUGAAACAGGAGGCCUGGAGAAAUUCGACUCGACUCAGUCCCAAUCGUCCUGUCUACACAGAGCUACCAGAAUCCAAGUUUUCAUACGCAAGUCUUCUUCGCAGGCAAGAGGGACGAAGGCAUUCAUUCCGAGUCCCGGAACUGCCGUCAAUCGAAUCUAGUGGCAGCGAGGACUCUGAUGAACAAUCCCAUUCACCAUCUUUAUCAUCCUCUUACAAAUCCAGGUCUUCACAGAAGUUUACUGGCAAUCUCAAGCCUGAGAAGUUACGCAGCGAUAGUUGCGAUGCCGAGUAUUCAGAAUAUCUACUCUCUCUCGCUGCGCGCUCAGCACAGAAGCAACUCAGGGAGCAGGCGCUUGCCGCUUCCCCCAAUGAACAGGCCUACGAGCCCGUGGAUCAUUUCGAUUUUGCCGUUGACGACGAAGACAGUCAAUCGGAAGAUGAUCUCAAGUAUCCUCAGAAACAUCAUCUUAAAUCGCGGCGACAGUCAUCGGCUGAUCUAUCGUGGGAGCUCGAAUACAUGCGCCAUCACAAGGAAGAAGCUGAAAUGCGCCUCCGAGCGAUGGUUAACUCGAGGAAUCGGAACCGAACCUCUGCUGGGUAUCAACCUACACCUCGAGCAGAUGGCAAAAUUAGUCCACCGAUGCUUGGAGAAGACAUUGUCCUGCCACAAAGUGCAUCUCCAGAUGGGACGAUGUGUGAAAAUUCCACAACCGAAAAUGGCUCAUCACAGGAUCCCUGUCAUGACUGCGGCGGUCUCUGGUGCGCCGACAGUCGACCAGAUGGCGAACGAGUCGCCGGCCUUUGGAUGGGCACUUGUCGUAAAGGCCAAAGCGGAGAUGAUCACUCACAGCCGUUCUCCGGAAUCAUGACCCCCAGGCCAACAGACCUGGAUAGAUUAUCGCGCUCCUCCACCUGCACAAACCUCCACGGCAUGGCGGGCUCUUCCCCACGACCCGACCUUCUCGCCGUUACAUCUAAAUCCCUGGAAGACGAAUUCCACGACGGCUUCGUCACCCAAAUUUACAACUAUCUAUCCCUGGGCUACCCCUGCAUUGCCCGCUACUAUGACUACGAAUUGAGUAAAAUCUCGGGGUUCACAGUCCAAGACCUCCGCCGCGAUGACCUACACACAGACGCUAGAGGGUACGUUGUUGCAAUGGAAAGUGAUGCCAACACGGCAUGUACUAGAUGGCGAGCUCUUCGUCGAUAUAUUCGGGAAUGGGCCCGUCAACAACCAAGCUUGAGGGAAGAAGAUACAGGGCUAGAGGCUUGGGGAAUGCCAGAGAGGAGAGGAAGUUGGGCAAUUUGA